UUCUCCAGCAAGAAAGAAGAGGCACAUUCCCUUUCUGCCCCCCUCUGUGCUGCUGCUCUUCUUCCCCUCCCCCAAGCCGCAAAGGCCACCGGAAGCACCGAGACGCGAGCGAUGGACCACGUGGGCGCGAUGGAGGAGCGGGUCGUCACGGAGCGGAUCCGCCGGAAGCUGGAGGAGGUCAACGCCGCCGCGCAGCAGCAGCUCGCCGGCGUCCAGGACCACGUCAACUUCACCAUGCAGCAAGCAUACUUCAAGUGUGCAUAUGAUUGCUUCGAUCGCCGAAGGAACCAAGAAGGGAUCAACAACUGCGUAGAGAACUGUAGUGUGCCUGUUCUGACCGCCAACAAUCUUGUUGAGAAUGAAAUGGCCAAAUUUCAGGAACGGUUGAAUCGGUCAUUGAUGGUCUGCCAAGACAAGUUUGAAGCGGCCAAGCUCCAGAAGAUGAAAACAGACGCGACUCAGGAACUGGAAUCCUGCGUGAACAGAUCUAUAGAUGACAGCAUCAGGGUGCUCCCCCAUGUGGUGGAGCAGAUCAAGUCCUCCCUCAAAAUCAAUUAGAGGCGUGGUUACUCUUUUUUCAUCAGAACCAGAUAAUAGAGUAUCGUUCAAAUUCACAGUUGCGGAUCAAGUCCACUUUUUUCAGUGGAAAAACUGUUAGCUAGAACUAUGCAGAGCUCAGACUGAUAUCGAUAUAACAUGAUCACUGAAUCUUGUUACUUUCCUGCCGUGAGAAGAGAAUAGUGUCGGACAUCAUCGACAUUUUGAAUUGUACUGAGCUCACAGCUUACACAUCUAAAUGGUACAAGGAUGGAAGAACAUGUUCUGCUCUCA